CAAAAUAGCAGUGUCAUGGCAACUCCUCUCGAAUUCGCACAACCUCCGCGUGCAGAAUACGCACGUUGGUGUUCUCUAUCGCAAGGGAUAUCCGUUUUUUGAAAAUUUUGAGGAAAGAUUACAAAAUAAAAAUUUAACACCUAAUUCCCCUCCAUUUUCUCGUUCAUUUCUGUCGCUCUCUCAAACCUCCAGCUCUGGAGGGGCCAUGGAGUUAUUCUCUCUAUAGGUUUCCCUGCUCUUCUAAUUUUCUUUCCCAAAUCAACAAUUUUCUGGGAAACAUUGUGGGAAUCUGAGAGGAGUUUUGACAUUUCUUCUUUUCGUGCAACUUAAGGUGUUUGUACAGAAUUUUAGGUUUUAUGAAAAAUUAUUGAAUUGAAAUUUUAGCGUUUGAUUUGGAAAUGCCGGCUCCCCGGUCGACACCGGAUAAGCAAGAUGAGGCAAAGCAGCUCCGGCGGGACCCAUACGAGGUUCUUGGCGUCUCCAGGAGCUCCACCGACCAGGAAAUCAAGAGCGCUUACCGCAAAAUGGCUCUCAAAUACCAUCCCGACAAGAAUGCAAAUGAUCCUGAAGCAGCUGAUAUGUUUAAAGAGGUUACAUUUUCCUAUAAUAUUUUGUCCGAUCCAGACAAGCGACGCCAGUAUGACUCAGCUGGUUUUGAGGCUGUUGAAUCAGAAGGUCAAGAAUUGGAGUUAGAUCUUUCAAGCUUGGGCACUGUGAAUACUAUGUUUGCAGCCCUUUUUAGUAAACUUGGCGUGCCAAUUAAGACCACUGUAUCAGCAACUGUCUUGGAGGAGGCACUAAAUGGGGCAGUUUCUAUAUGUCCACUUACACUGGGGCAACCUAUUUCAAAAAAGGUUGAAAGGCAGUGUGCUCACUUCUAUUCUGUCACAAUAACAGAAGAGGAAGCAAGGGCAGGCAUUGUCUGUCAAGUGCAUUCCUCUGACAAAAGCAAGUUCAAGUUGUUGUAUUUUGAUCAGGAAGGAAAUGGACUGGGCCUUGCUCUGCAGGAGGACAGUGCCAAAACUGGAAAGGUUACAUCUGCUGGAAUGUAUUUCCUAUGUUUUCCUGUUUAUCGGUUGGAUCAGACAGUCAACGCGAUUGCAGUUGCAAAGGAUGCUGAUGCUGCCUUCUUUAAGAAAUUGGAUGGGUUUCAGCCAUGUGAAAUAACUGAACUGAAGGCUGGGACCCAUGUUUUCGCUGUCUAUGGUGAUAAUUUUUUUAGGAGCGCAAAUUACUCAAUAGAAGCUCUCUGUGCUGCACCUUUUGUGGAAGAAAAAGAAAAGCUUAGAGGUGUUGAAGCUCAACUCCUUACAAAAAGGGUAGAGAUAUCAAAGUUUGAAACUGAAUACAGAGAGGUGUUGGCACAAUUUACAGACAUGACCAGUAGAUAUACAAAAGAAAUGCAAGAGAUUGAUGAGCUUCUUAAACAAUGGAAUGAAAUUCAUGCCUCAUACACUAUUGCUCCCCCAAUGAAGCGGAGUAUAAGUAAGGGCAGGAGUAAGGGGCCCUCCAGGGAGACCAAAGAAGAGGGACCAUUGGGAGAUAAGAAAGCUUCAAUGAGAGACAGAACUAAGAAAAAGAAAUGGUUCAAUAUCCACUUAAAAGUUGACAAGAGAAAGUCUUGUUAAAUAAGAUUGUAAGGAAGCAUAUCUGUAAAUUGCAUUACUCAUUCAUGAAGAUCCUUUCAUCAGCUAGUGGGGAAAGUAAGGAUUCUAUACUUUUAGCAUAUUGACAACUUUUGUAUCGUUGUAGCGUUGGACAAUGAUCUGUUUGAUAGUUAGGGCAUUUCACUGAUUCCUUCACGUUUGAAAAUUUGUAGCAUUGUUUUCUUUUAUCCAACAGGAUUGUGUGAUUUACCAGCAA